AUGCGCAGGCUCAAAGAACCAUGGAAGAAGUACCCCAAAUUCCAACCUCUCGACCUGCCUAACCGCCAAUGGCCCUCCAAGACAAUCGACAAGGCUCCGCGAUGGCUGUCGACCGAUCUCCGCGACGGCAACCAGAGCUUGGUAGACCCCAUGGAUGGCGAGCAGAAAUGGCGAUACUUUGAGAUGCUCGUCAAGCUUGGCUACAAGGAAAUCGAAGUCUCGUUCCCCUCGGCCUCAGACACGGACUUUGAAUUCACACGUCGUCUCGUCACAACUCCCGGUUUCGUGCCCGACGAUGUCGCCCUCCAGGUUCUCUCCCCAUGCCGCAAGGAGCUCAUCCGCCGUACCGUCGACUCGCUCAAGGGCGCCAAGAAGGCCAUUCUCCAUCUGUACCUGGCCACCAGCCCGUGCUUCCAGCAAAUCGUCUUCAACAUGAACAAUGAACAGUCCAAGGCUCUCGCCGUGGAAUGCACAAAAUACGCACGCUCCAUUACCAAGGACGACCCCGAGCAGAAGGACACAGAUUGGUCUUACGAGUUCUCGCCCGAGUGCUUUUCCGACUCGGACCCAGACUUUGUCCUCGAGGUCUGCGAGGCCGUCAAGGCCGCUUGGGGGCCGACCGAGGAGAAGCCCAUCAUCUUCAAUCUGCCUGCCACUGUCGAGAUGUCGACCCCCAACGUCUACGCCGACCAGAUCGAAUACUUCUGCCGCAACAUCUCGGAGCGCGAGAAGAUCUGCGUCUCCCUCCACCCCCACAACGACAGAGGCUGCGCUGUUGCCGCUGCCGAGCUCGCCCAAAUGGCAGGCGCCGACCGUGUCGAGGGCACUCUUUUCGGCAACGGUGAGAGAACCGGAAACGUCGACCUCGUCACUCUGGCCUUGAACCUUUACACACAGGGUGUCCCGCCCAACAUUGACUUUGGCGACAUCAACUCGGUCAUCGACAUUGUCGAGAAGAGCAACAAGAUCCCCGUCCAUCCCAGAGCUCCCUACGGUGGCCAGCUUGUCGUCUGCGCCUUCUCUGGUAGUCAUCAGGACGCCAUUAAGAAGGGCUUCCAACUGCGCAAGCAGAAGGGUAACAACGACGACGAACGCUGGCAGCUGCCCUACCUUCCCCUCGACCCUCAAGACAUUGGCCGCACCUAUGAAGCCAUCAUUCGUGUCAACAGUCAGUCCGGCAAGGGCGGUGUCGCCUGGAUCAUCCAGCGCACUCUCGAACUCGACAUGCCUCGUGGCCUACAAGUCGCCUUCAGCAAGAUCGUACAAAAGGAGACUGACGCUCUGGGUCGCGAGUUGCAGCCUACCGAGAUCAGAAACCUCUUUGUCAACGCUUACCAUCUCGAGAAGAACCCGCGUUUCCAUCUCAUCGAUUACGAUAUCACCACCGACCGCACAAUCUCAUCCGUCCCUCCCACCGACGGCAAGACUGCUUCCAACAAGAACCUCAAGCGUCGUUUCGACGGUGUCAUCGAAGUUGAUGGCAAGGAACACCGUAUCCAGGGUGUUGGAAUUGGUGCCCUUUCGUCUCUCGCCAAUGCCCUCAAGACCCUCAACAUCCACCUCGAAGUCAACGAUUACACAGAGCACGCUAUUGGUAAGGGUAGCGACGUCAAAGCCGCCACGUAUAUUGAAUGUACUACCGGCUCACAAAAGGUCUGGGGCGUCGGUAUCCACGAGGAUGUCGUUCAGGCUUCUCUCAUUGCUUUCUUAUCUGCCGCUUCCUCGUUCCUGUCAAGCAGACCCGGCACACCCGUCCCUUCCAGCGCACCCAAGCUCGACUCGUUGAGGCCGAACGAUGCGCCAUCCAGUGGCCCUGACUCCAAGAGCCAUGUCGUCGCAAACCUCGAAGCACAGGCCGAGAACGGCAACACUCAAUAG